UACGUUGACUACGUUUGAGUUCAAAUAUUAUAACAAUUUGUCAAUUAACAGUAUAAAUUAUCAUUAAUAAUAAUAUGUUCUGUAGUAAUUUUGUCAUAAACCACACAUUUAAACGUACCUAUUUAAGUCGGCAUUUGUGAAUCGAACGUUCAUCCAACUUCUGCUUUGAUAAAAUGUUUUUCAUACAGACACUGUCGGUGUUCGUGUUGUGUUUUUGCGCGUGUCGUGCUACACAAUCUAAAGGAAUAGUCUCUUUAGACUCGUUGACUUUCGACAAGGUUCUUUCAAAAUUUAAAGUGUCAAUUGUCAAAUUCGAUGUCUCGUAUCCAUAUGGCGAAAAACACGAAGAGUUUGUAAAAUUAGGUUCUGCCUACCAAUCGGUAGAAGAUUUGCUUGUGGCUGAAGUACCUGUGAAAGAUUACGGAGAAAAAGACAAUGAAGAUUUGGCCAUCAGGUAUGGUGUAUCAAAAAAAGAUUACCCGAUCGUUAAGUUGUUUGUGAACGGCCAAUCAGAGCCGUAUGUGUAUAACGAUGAGGAUUUUAACCAGGAAAAAUUACAAAAGUUUGUUGUUAAACACAGCAAAGAAAUCUUGUACAUUGGACUUCCAGGUACAUUAGAAAAGUUUGAUGGUUUAGCAUCAGAAUUUGCCAAGGAAAAAUCGGUGGACAAACGCAAAGAAAUUUUGUUGAGAGCCGAGAAAUUGUGGGAUGUCAGUGAGGGCAAGCAAAAGCAAAAGUCGGCCGAGAUGUAUGUGAAGAGUAUGAGAAAAGCAUUAGAGAAGGGUGACGAGUUUUUCCACACAGAAACUAUUCGCAUCAACAAUGUGCUUAAGGGUUCAAUGACUCAAGAGAAAAAAGCAGACUUGAGUGUUCGUUUAAACAUUUUGGAAUCAUUCAAAGUACAGCAUGACGAGUUGUAAAUUACUUUUGUUUGAUAUACUACUUAUUUUAAAUGAGGUAUUUUUGGGGUUGUGAUAUUUUUGUAAACUAUUUAUUUACGUUAAAAAUAAAAAUAUUUUUUUAUCACUUCUAUGAUCAAUGAUGGACACCAAGAGAAGUAUAUUUAUAAUUUAUGUAUGCAUGUAUUGUUCACAAUAUAAAAUACAAUCACUUAUACUUGUUAAAAGUUAAUAAAAGUUUUUAAAUUUUA